GCCGCGGGGUGUGAGGCAGCUCUCGGCCGCGGCGGCGGGGACGGCGGCAGCGGCGGGGUCCGCGUUGGCCGCCGGCGGGGACCCAGUGCUGCCCCGCCGCGCCCGCCCGCCCCAUCGCACGCUGUUGUCAUGGAGGAGCCAAGAUGGCGGCGCUGGCCUACACCGGGGGCAAGCGGGAGAUCAACUACUACUUCAGCGUGAGGAGCGCCAAGGCGCUGGCGCUGGGCGCCGUCCUGCUCCUCACCGCCUGCCACGCCGCCUCCCGCCGCUACCGAGGUGGUGAUACAUGUGAGUACCUUUUGUCCAGUGGGAGAUUUCUUGGAGAAAAAGUAUGGCAACCUCACAGUUGUAUGAUGCAUAAGUAUAAAAAUAGUGAAGCAAAAAAUUGCCUCAUAGACAAACAUGUUGUGUUUAUAGGAGAUUCUAGAAUUCGACAGCUGUUCUAUUCAUUCAUAAAACUGAUAAAUCCUCAAGUCAAAGAAGAGGGAAUUAAGCAUGGAAAUAUCCCAUUUGAAGAUAAAUCUGCUUCAAUUAAAGUGGAUUUUCUGUGGUAUCCAGAAGUUAAUGGCUCUAUGAGGCAACGUAUCAAAUCUUGGACUGAGGGUUCUGUGGCAAAACCUCAUAUAAUUGUAGUAGGAGCUGCCACGUGGUCUAUCAAGAUUCACAAUGGCAGCAACGAAGCCCUUGCACAAUAUAAAAUCAAUAUCACUUCAAUUGCACCUCUUUUGGAAAAAUUAGCAAUAAGUAGUGAUGUUUACUGGGUCUUACAAGAUCCUGUUUAUGAAGAUAUGCUGAGUGAAAGUCGGAAAAUGAUCACUAAUGAGAAAAUAGAUGCUUAUAAUGAAGCAGCUGUUCGUAUUCUGAACAGCAGCUCCCGAAAUUCCAAAGCUAAAGUUAAAGUGUUCAGUGUAUCCAAAUUGAUAGCACAAGAAACUAUCAUGAAGUCUGUGGAUGGCCUGCAUCUCCCUGAAUCAAGCAGAGAUACAAAUGCAAUGAUUCUUAUGAAUGUCUACUGCAAUAAAAUAGUGAAGCCCAUUGAUGGCUCCUGCUGCCAGCCUCAGCCUCCACUCACUCUGAUACAGAAGAUAGCUUUCUGUUUUUUUACUUUGUCCAUUAUUGGAUAUUUAAUUAUCAGCUUAAUUCAUCGGAAUAGUUAUCGGAAGAACAAAUCAUGCACUGAUUUGGAAAGUGGAGAAGAGAAGAAACCUGUCAUCAGCACACCUAACGUUUCUACUUUAGAGAUGCUCUUACACUGCUUUUGCAAACUUGGUCUAAUCAUGACCUAUUUUUAUCUGUGUGACAGAGCAAAUCUUUUCAUGAAGGAAAAUAAAUUUUACACACAUUCAUCUUUCUUCAUACCAAUCGUCUAUAUCUUGGUUUUGGGGGUAUUUUAUACUGAAAAUACCAAAGAGACUAAAGUGUUAAAUAGAGAACAGACUGAUGAAUGGAAGGGCUGGAUGCAACUUGUUAUUUUGAUUUAUCAUAUCUCUGGAGCAAGCACUUUUUUGCCUGUGUACAUGCACAUUCGAGUUCUGGUUGCUGCAUAUCUGUUUCAAACAGGUUAUGGGCACUUCUCAUAUUUUUGGAUAAAAGGGGACUUUGGUGUAUACAGAGUGUGUCAGGUUUUAUUCCGUCUCAAUUUCUUGGUUGUGGUGUUGUGCAUAGUGAUGGAUCGACCUUACCAGUUCUACUAUUUUGUGCCAUUAGUCACUGUCUGGUUUAUGAUCAUUUAUGCCACCUUAGCUGUAUGGCCUCAGAUUGUCCAGAAGAAAGCAAAUGGGAACUGCCUGUGGCACUUUGGUUUACUGCUGAAACUGAUUUGCUUACUGACGUGUAUAUAUUUUCUGUCAUAUUCUCAGGGUGCAUUUGAGAAGAUAUUUUCAUUUUGGCCAUUGUCCAAGUGUUUUGAACUGAAUGGGAAUGUCUAUGAAUGGUGGUUUAGGUGGAAGCUGGAUCGCUAUGUGGUUUUUCACGGGAUGCUGUUUGCUUUUAUUUAUCUGGCAUUGCAGAAACAUCAGAUGAUAUCAGAAGGAAAAGGAGAUCCUCUUUUCUCCAACAGAGUUUCAAAUGUUUUAUUAUUUAUUUCAAUUGUGUCCUUUUUGACCUACUCUAUUUGGGCUAGUAGCUGUAAAAACAAGACAGAGUGCAAUGAGCUACAUCCCUCUGUUUCUGUUGUGCAGAUUUUAGCUUUCAUCCUCAUCAGGAACAUUCCUGGAUAUGUCCGAUCUGUGUAUAGCUCAUUCUUCGCCUGGUUCGGCAAAAUUUCUUUAGAGCUUUUCAUUUGCCAAUACCAUAUUUGGCUGGCAGCAGACACGAAGGGGAUCUUGGUGCUCAUUCCUGGAUAUCCAAUGUUUAAUGUCCUUGUCAGCACUUUCAUAUUUGUGUGCGUGGCACAUGAGAUUUCUCAGAUCACUAAUGAUCUAGCCCAGAUUGUUGUUCCUAAAGAUAACUCAACUCUGCUGAAGAGGUUGCUAUGCAUAGCUGGAUUUUUUUCUGGACUACACUUCUUCUCAGCAAUGCAAGAUCAGUCAAGGCAUUAACUUAGAAACUUUCUUCAGGUUUACUUUGUGUCUGCCUGAACAAAAAUUCUCAACUGGAGGUACAAGGACACAUUUAAAUUAAGCGUGUGGAAAAUGUAUAUUGUGGAAAUGUACAUAUUUUGUGUGGAAAUAGCCUUCUCAAAUAAUCUGAGAAACAAGAGUGCACUGUACAGAAUUGCAUGUGAAAAUGAGUCUUUUCUACUGGAUGUUUGUUUCUGUUUACAUAUCUGUUGAAACGAGACACGAAGCAGUGCGGUGGUCGGGCAGCACCACGGGCACGUCACGGGAUUCAGCCAGCACUGGGCGAGUGCACGGCCAGGGGCUGCUCCGGAGCACGCGGAGCUCGGAGCACAGAGCACGGAGCUCGGAGCUUGGAGCACAGAGUAUGGAGCUUGGAGCGCUGAUCUCGGAGCUUGGAGCGCUGAUCUCGGAGCUUGGAGCGCUGAUCUCGGAGCUCGGAGCGCUGAUCUCGGAGCGCUGCCGUCCCCGGCAAGGAGCGCGCCCGGCACAGCCGGGAGCUGAGACAGCGACACCGGGCGCAGCUCUGAGCAAAGCGGUAAUCUGCUGGUUAGAAAUUAGUGUUUGGGGUGGAAAUAGUAAUACAUGUCACGUGAAACCCUUCAUGUGUGGAAGUUACAAGUAAUCAUCAAUUCAGUGAUUGAUUAUAUACAAGUUUACAUAAUGUUUAUGAGGGUUUUUAAAGAAAUUUAAGAUGUGUUCAGCAAAUAUGGAGAAUUCCGAGAUUAAUUUUUUUUACAAGGAGAAUUUAGGUUUUCUUCCUAAAAUUGUUUGCUUUUUCAUAAAGUUUUCACUAAUUCAUUUAACUGUGUGUAGUUCUGUGUACAAUCCCAGUGAACAAACAAAUGAAUAAUUUUCAGAGACUCAGUUCAAGAUGGGAAAUUUUUGGAAGACCCUCCAACGUUUUUCAGUCAGAUGGAAUCCUAUCAUAUCCACUCCAUGAGAUCUUAAGGGAAUGGUGAUCUUAGACCCUCUCCCUGUUUGUAGGUGACCUAAAUUAGGUCCCAUUAGGGAACUGGUGCCAUAUUCUAUGCUGUAAUAGCAUUUUCAUUUAAGAGGAUGCAAGUUAAUCUGUUGGUAUCAUAAGAAGGAGGGAUUGAAUGGUCAACUUUGUCACAUGCAGGUGGUUGAGUCUCAGAAUUACAAGUGAAAUGAGAUUGGGGCUGUUUGAAAAAAACUUUUCAUCCUAUUUAGCAGUGUCCAAUUUUCUUACUAAUUUUUUCCUUUAGCAAAAACUAUAAUUGAAAGAAAUAGUCCUUCAGUGUGGCAGUGACAAGCUGUUGUUUACAUUCUACUUAUCAGUGAAGUUAUGGACAUUUCUUGGUUGGUUGUGUGUUUGGUUCAAGUAACAGUUUGACCUCUAGUUGCUUUUUCAUUUUAUUCUUCUUCUGGUUAUUUGUUAGCAGGCAAAAACAUGAGCACAAUAUUAUUUUCCAAGCAUAUGUACAAUUAUGUAUGGUUAUAAACAACAUGAACCCUACUUUUUACCAUAUAUACUAUCACAUGCAUGUUUUUGUUCUUAUCCCAGGUAAACCAUUGAAUUCAACCUUUCAGCCAUGAAUGAAUGCAAAACAAAUUUAUGAAAAGAAUUACUUCAAUUUUUUUGCGUGUGUGUGGCAGAGGACAGUUUCUUUUAAAGAAUAACCAGUCAUUCCUCAUAAAAAACAAAAAAGAAAUCAUUCACUUUCCCCAAAUUCAGCAGUUUUACUAAGCCUGCCAGCAGUUUUGAAGAUACUGGAAAGAUACUCCACUGUUUGUUCUGUGUGCAUCUUGCUUACAAUGCUUGGGAAUUUAACCUCGUCGAUCAAUACAUUUGAGUGACUGAAGGAAAGGGUGUAGGUGGACACCAUUGUGGGGGGGACAGCAAGCAUAACCUUCAUCUAUGCCAGUAUUAUCAGCAACAGGGAACUGUGAGCUUGAGGGAUAAUUUUUUUGUUCUUCACUACGUAACUAUUGUAGAUAUAACUCUAUUUAUCUGUUGUACAGACUUGGUUAAAAGAUUUAUUUUUAAUGUUUGAAAUAAUGCACUUGUUUACUAUUACUGUAUGUGGGAUAAAUAUAUUUUCUUUUCAGGUUAUGUAAAAACAUGAAGUAAUUUAAACAUAAAAUAAAUGUGCUGUGGAUGCUUA